AUGUCUAACCACGAUUCACAAAUCAUCAACACCCCAAAUGUGCCACCUGUUGAAGGUCACAUGAAUGCUUCUUCAGCCAGCGGUGCCACUCCAGCUGAAGCACAGGUAGGCGAACUGACCAAAGAGUUAGAGUCUUUUUUCGAUUCACCUGCUAAACUCUUAUUUCAAAACGUGGGUGGUUCCAAAAGGUCUGCUGGUGUAGCAGGCGUAUCUGAAUAUGAUCCGAAGAAAACUAAGGGGGAUCCAGUUAAAAAGUUCAAAAUGGAACCCGGCUCCACCUCAGGAUCUGGACAAGGGAUCACCAUCGUGUUGUCUUUGGACCCCGUGUCUCCUGGCAAAGUUUUUCAUUCAACAAACUAUAACAUGCCCAUCAAGAAAGAACCUGGCUCCUUGACCCGGCAUGGAUCGGGCAUCACGAUUGAUAUCUCUUCAGAUAGAUCUUCGUCGCCAGGCCACCUCGUAGACUUAUCUCAUUUGGUCAAGAAGGAGGUCAAACCAGAACCUAGUAAAUCCUCUAGCAUCUCUAGCUUUGUUGGGAAGAACUUAGGUUCUUCGCAACAUGAAAACUCCAACAUGGACACCGAGGACCGCGCUCACGCCCACGCUGCUGAGCUGGAACGUUUUCUGGUAUACUGCAAUGUACCCAAAGACGACGAGACCACCAGACUCAUCCUCCAACGUGCCAACGUCCACUCUUGGACCGACUUGAUUCCUGGCAUCCAGAUGACCGAGUCCACCCUUACUACGCGUGGAAUGCAUCCUUGUUUGGCCUCUCAUCUCCUAAGUGAGGCUAUGGAUCGUAUGAAUGGCCUCAAGGACGAUAUCAAUGACCUUCCUGAUGAGGAUUCCGAUGGGGAUGAAGAUCAUCACCAAUUGGAAGGCAAAGACCAGCUUGACACUGCCAUUUCCCCCGAGUUCUGA